CCGGCAACGUGCUGGGGCUAAGGCGGCGGCGACGACGACCACAAACCAGAUGCAAGCAGAAUCUUUACCUUCAACUCCCAACACUAUGUCACCGCUGCCAUUAUAUAAUCUGAGCAGUGCUCCAAGGAUUGGAACAGUUACUCCAAAUCGUGUCUUUGUAGGAGGAAUUGAUUUUAAGACUAAUGAAAGUGAUCUGAGGAAGUUUUUUGCUCAGUAUGGCAGUGUGCAAGAAGUGAAGAUAGUAAAUGACAGAACUGGAGUAUCAAAGGGGUAUGGCUUCAUUACUUUUGAAAGCCAAGAAGAUGCACAAAGAAUUUUACAGGAAGCUAAAAAACUUAAUUAUAAGGAUAAGAAACUGAAUAUUGGUCCAGCAAUAAGAAAACAACAAAUACGGAGUUCUCGUUCUGUUGUAAUACCGGAAGCUGGUACAAUGUACUUAACUACUUCCAGUGGAUAUCCUUAUAUUUACCACAAUGGAGUGGCUUAUUUUCAAACAUCUGAAGUUACUUCUGUUCUGCAGCCAUGGCCAUCACGCACCGUUUCCAGUUCACCUGUGAUGGUAGCUCAACCGAUUUAUCAGUCUCCUACUUAUUAUUAUCAGGCACCAACACAGUGUUUUCCAAGUCAAUGGUCUGUUCCACAGUCUACUGCCUCCUCACCUUCAUACUUCUAUCUGCAACCAUCUGAAGUCAUUUAUCAGCCAACAGGGGUAACACAAGAAAAUGGAUGUGUGUCUCCACCUCUCCUAAUGGAAGCUGUAAUUCCCGAGCUCUAUUCUGAUCACGGAGUUCAAGCACAUCACCAGCCUUAUGCCCAAAAUGCUGUAGCCAUGCCUGCACCUACACUAUGGAGUGUUCACUAUUAA